AUGAGUUUCUUUAACGCUACGGAGGAAGACUGGCCAUGGGACCGGGGCUGUGCGGACGGUAUCGACGAUCACCACAGCCUGCCGCUGUGCCCUGAAAUCCUUGCCGCUCUCGCCGCCGCCCUCGGGAACAUCGGGAACUGGAGCGACGUCGGUGCGAUCGCGAACGGGAACGGGACGGGCCGGUUCCUCCCGGCGCCGACGCAGGCCCCGAGCACGGACGCCAUCACCGCCAUCGUGGGCCCCGCCUUGUACGGGACUGUGGCGGUGGUGGGCUUCCUCGGGAACCUGCUGGUGAUCUACACGCUGCUGGCUCACACGAAGAUGAAGGACGCCACGAACUAUUACAUCCUGAACCUAGCGCUGGCGGACGCGCUCUUCAUGCUGGGGAUCCCCUUCAUCUCCGCCUCCUCGGCCAUGAAGCGGUGGGUGUUCGGCAGGGCCGCGUGCAAGAUCGUCCUGUCCAUGGACGCCAUGAACAUGUUCACCACGGUGUUCAACCUGGCCGUGCUGAGCGUGGACCGCCACCUGGCCACCGUCCGCGCCAACACGCACUCCCACUGGCGCCGCCCGAAGGUCGCCACCGCCGUCUGCCUGGGCGUGUGGCUCGCGGCCGUGCUGCUGAGCAUCCCAGUGAUGGUCGUCAGCGACAACGUACUGAUGAUGGACGGGAACUACAUGUGCAUGCUGGACUGGCCUGAGGACACUUUCCUGUUCUGGUACCACGCCUUCACGUCGUACACCUUCACCAUGGGGUUCCUGGUUCCCCUGUUGGUCAUCAGCGGGUCGUACGCGUCGGUGAUCCGCCACCUUCACCGCAACACACCGGCAAACGCCGCGGUGGCCCGCGUCGCCGUCAACAUGCGGAACAAGGUGACCAAGACGGUGACCGCCCUGAUCGUGACGUUCGUGUUCUGCUGGCUGCCGUUCCACGUGUGCCAGGUGCUGAACCUCAGCACGGACCUGCCGGAGAAGCCCACCAUGGCCGCGUUCCACAUCGCCAUGGUCCUGUCGUACGCCAACUCCUGCGCCAACCCCUUCCUCUACGUCUUCACCAGCCAGAAGUUCCGCGACAGCUGCCGGGCCGCGCUGUGUCUCAACCGGGACGAGAACACCGCCACCCACACACCGGUCGUCGCGAGAAGACGCGCCCCGCCCGAGGACGCGUUCUUUGAGGAAGAAGUGUGUGAGGAAAACCGCGCAACGGUUCCAUACGCGGCCCCUGAAAGAGUUGUCAUGUUCGAAACAACGGUUUAG